AUGUUAUCCGCGAUCAUAACAGAUGCGAAUAGCAUGAAUUUGUGUGUCCAUCGGGCUCCCCAUCGCACAGGGUUUAUCUCCGCGUCGCUCUUCGGCGGCGGUGAUUCGCCAUGGUACAGGAGCCUGGACAAGCCCUGGUGGACCCCACCGGGGUGGGUGUUCCCAGUGGUGUGGAUCAACCUCUACAUCAUGAUGGGCGUCGCAUCAUGGCUCGUGUGGAUGCAAGGAGGAUUCUCCGCGCAAGCUCUCCCUCUGGGCAUCUACGUGUUUCAGCUGCUGCUCAACUUCUUCUGGACGCCGCUCUUCUUUGGCAUGCACAAGAUUGACUGGGCGUUGGCGGAGAUAGUGCUGCUGUGGCUGUCAGUCUUCACCACCAUCGUGCUCUUCUGGCCCGUUAGCAAGCUCGCUUCCAUCCUCCUCUGGCCCUACAUCGUCUGGGCGUCCAUCGCCACGAGUCUCAACUGGUACAUCUUUCUGCACAACGCUCCCACGCCCGGUGCUGAUGGCCUUGCCCAGCCGCUCCGCUCCUCCGACUGA